UGAUGUUGGUAAAACCUUCAGCUAAGGGCAGCAAAGGGUUUAGGGUUCUAGCGUCAAGGGGAGAUUCAUGCGAUUGAGGAUUCAAACACACGACACAGAGAAUCUGCGAUCGCUGCUCGGCUUGGAAUUCUCAUGUUCUUCGUCAGACAUGUCGUCGUGUGCUUAGAGCCGCAUUGGAAAUAUCACGGGAUCACAUAAUCCGGAGUGUGCCUGGUCGAGAAGUUUGGUGGACUAAGCGUAAUUUGCUUCCGGACUUUGUCUGGUUGCUGUUAGAAAGCUAAGAUGCGUGCAAAAGAGUCGAAGGCGAGCAAGUCUGCGUUCCUGGAGGAAACCAAGCAGCUCGGAAGCGAUUUGCUCACCUCUAGGAGUCAUGUGAAUAAUGCUCCAGCUCUUCUUUCUACCCUGUCUAAUGCUAAGCACCCCAGUCCUCCUCGGGCGGAAGCGCUUCGCUCGCUGCAAGCGUUUUUCGUCUCCCUACUUCGCGCCGGAAAGUUGGAAUCAGGUGCUCGGAGCGUAGAAGCAGCCAAGGAUGGAGAAGAGCCGGAAGCAGUGUACCGGAUGUGGGUCUGGAGCAAGUACCAAGAAUUCAGAAAGACUGUUUUUCGGAUGAUUACUGAAGAAUCCGCCAGCGCUCUACAGGUGGAAGCCCUCAAUACCUGGAUGGACUUAGUCAGGGACGAGAAGCUUGGGGAGUUCAACAACACUCUUUAUUACAAGUUAUGUGAGGCAACGGUACGGUGCAAAGGUUCGACUAACGAUAUUCUGCAGUUGUUGAUCAAGAAGUACUUCAAAUACUGCGAUGUCCGUUACUAUACAUACGCCAAUCUUGAGACGUUAAUUUCAAAGCGCUUACGGAAGAACGAGAAAGUGGACACGGCUGUAUCCAGUGACGAGGACGAGGAGAAGCGCUCAGGUGUCAGAUUGCACGCUUUUAGUCGGAAUGCGUAUGAAUUGCUUUCAAGUCUCCCAACUCUUUCCAACGAUGAGCAAAAAAGUGGCGAUGACGUCCACGAGCUUUGGACUCACCCACAAGAUGAAGAUAGAAACAGAGAGAGCGGUGGUAAACGAAAGAACAGAGCGAGUUCUAGCAAAACCAAGCAGAGCAAGCCUACAAGUCCGAAGAAGCAAAAGGCUGCUUUCAGUAAAGCUUGGCUGGCAUUUCUCCGACUCGCUCUUCCGUUAGAUACCUACAAAAAGGUUCUAGGGAGGUUACAUCGACAGGUCAUUCCACACAUGAAUAAUCCUAUUCUUCUUAGCGAUUUUCUCACGCAAUCUUACGACGUGGGAGGGCUUAUAAGCGUGAUGGCUCUCAGCAGCCUUUUUAUCUUAAUUACUGGACAUGGGCUGGAAUAUCCUGACUUCUAUAAUAAGCUAUAUGCGCUACUCGAGCCUUCUAUUUUCGUUGCCAAACAUCGAUCCCGCUUCUUUGAGUUGUUGGACUCAUGCCUCAAAUCUUCUCAUUUACCGGCAUACCUUGCUGCUGCUUUUGCGAAAAGGCUUGGGCGUCUAGUGCUCUCUGCACCACCAUCAGGUUCUAUCGUCGUUAUUGCGUUGAUUCACAAUAUUCUUCGGCGGCAUCCUUCUGUAAACUGCCUAGUCCACCGGGAUAGUAGUCAAGCCACUACCAUUGCAGCGGUGAAAGAUGGAGCAAACGUAGAAGGAAUCACAGCAGAGGAAAAGAGUGAUAAAGCUGUAGAUGGAAAACUCGGGGCCGAUCCAUUCCGAGCAGACGAAAGCGAUACUGCAAAAUGCGACGCCCUUCAGAGUUCUCUGUGGGAGAUAGACACCUUACGUCGACAUUAUUGUCCAGCAGUUUCAAGAUUUGUGGAGUCCCUGGAAACAGAUCUAACGGUGCGAGCUAAAACUACGGAGAUGUCAAUAUCUGACUUCAGCUCCACUUCCUAUGCGACUAUAUUUAACGAAGAGGUUGGGCGGAGGUUGAAAGCAGUUCCUCUUGCAUUUUAUCAUACUGUUCCAAGCACACUUUUCGCCGAAAAUUGUUUUGAGGGUUGGACUUUUGGUGACGUGGAUGUCACCCCCAUGAAGGCUAUUGAGGACACAAAGACAAGUAAUAUUGUAGUAAACAAAGAGACCGUAGAUGCCGAGGAGGAUUCCGACGAAGAUGAGGACGGAGACGAGGAAGAGGGAAUGAAUGAAGAGGACGACGAGGAAGAGAACAAGGACUCAAUGGAUGAUCUUGACUCAGAUCGAGACAGCGAUGACAGCGCCGGAAGUCGGAGUAGAAGUGAACAAUCAGACGGGGAAGAUUGGCCAGGGCCACUGAAGAGAUUCAGAAGUGGGUAGAUGUGUAUGGUACUCCUUUCUCUGUUAUCUUGAAAUUGUUACUGCAAUCGAGAGCUUGGUCAAUUCAUCCGAUGUGUGUGCAAACUGACGCAUCUUUGUCGGUCACUCUCAAUGUCUUCAUCAAGUACAUCAGUCGGUUUUCUUCUUUUGGACAUAUAAGAAUAAUUGUAACCACCUGACAGCCUUGCAUUCAGG